ACCUGUUUGAAGCCCUUUCAGAACUUAUCAUUUUGACAGCAAGUCAUUGCUUACAUGGGAAAGAAAUACGAGGCUUGCUGAAUGAGAAGGUGGCUCAGCUGUAUGCCGAUUUGGAUGGGGGUUUUACUCAUGCUGCCUGGCUUCUGCCAGGUUGGCUACCUCUGCCAAGCUUCAGACGUCGAGAUCGAGCACACAAAGAAAUAAAGAAUAUUUUCUACAAGGUUAUCCAGAAACGUCGGAUGUCUGAGGAAAAGGAGGAUGACAUGCUCCAAACUCUACUUGAUGUUUCAUACAAGGAUGGCCGUCCGCUGACGGAUGAUGAAAUUGCUGGAAUGCUCAUUGGGUUGCUUCUGGCAGGGCAGCACACUUCCUCCACCACGAGUGCUUGGCUUGGCUUCUUCAUAGCCAGAGACAAAUCGAUACAGGAACAGUGCUAUGCAGAACAAAAAGCAGUUUGUGGGGACGACUUGCCACCAUUAACUUAUGACCAGCUCAAGGAUCUCAGUUUGCUGGAUCGCUGUCUAAAAGAAACUUUAAGGCUUAGACCUCCGAUAAUGACCAUGAUGAGAAUGGCCAGAACUCCCCAGACUGUUGCUGGAUACAGUAUUCCCCCUGGCCAUCAGGUCUGUGUAUCUCCCACUGUUAACCACAGACUCAGGGACUCUUGGAAAGAUGCUCUAGACUUCAAGCCUGACCGAUACCUCCAAGAUAACCCAGCAGCUGGAGAGAAAUUUGCGUAUGUUCCAUUUGGCGCUGGCCGUCAUCGCUGCAUUGGAGAAAACUUUGCUUAUGUUCAGAUUAAGACUAUUUGGUCUACUUUGCUUCGUUUGUAUGAAUUUGAUCUUGUCAAUGACUAUUUUCCAACUAUAAAUUAUACAACAAUGAUACACACACCUAAUAACCCUGUUAUCAGAUAUAAGAGGAGGUCACUGUAAAUUCUGGCGCUAAAGCCUUACUUAUUUAAGUUGUUUAAACUAACAGACUUUUGAAUAAAAUUGUGACAAAAUGAGUGGUAAAGGGAAACUGUUGCACCUGCUGUUGGAAAGCAACAAUAAUCUACCAAAUGCAAAGUCUUUGCAUCUAUUUUGUUUGGCCACAGUAUUUAAUGCUGCUGUGUGUAAUUGCUUGUUCUACAACUUUCUCAUUGCAUUUUUAAAAUAAAAACUGUAUUUUAUAUUGGUCUAACACUUUUAAGGUGCAUGCCAACUCUUUAAGAUGAAGAAAUAAGUCAUUUCUACAACCUGAACUCUUUGCUUUUGAAAAAUAACUGAAAAUUACUUUUCCUAGGAUGACACAGGGUAAGACUGUCUACCUUACCUCUGUAUCCAGUUACAGUAAAUCCAUCAGGGAACAGGCACUGAGGGGCAAUGUAAUUGGUGGUGCCCUACCUUCAAUAUUUGUGAUUCUGU